AUGAGCAGCACUACCCAUGGAUCAGCCCAGGACUUCAUUCGAGCGCUUAAGGCUUCGUCCGACCCUCCUCACACAGGCAGCCCGUCGAAGAUCAAACUUGCGCAGAACGCAUGGGACGACAAUGGGUUCUAUCUGCCCAACAAGGGCGAAGUCAUAGUAGAAUGGCUGUUGACACGGUUUUUGAAAGACAAGGCCAGAGCGUCGGACGUGAACCCAAUCAUGGAUACGCGAUAUUGGCAGCUUCUGUCAGACAUUGUGUACUCGUCUAACAGGACACAAGCCGAUCUCACUGGGUCGGCACGCACCAUCAAAUCUUGGCUACUUCCUAUACUCAGUCGUGUACCCAUUGCCCCAAUCGUCAUCGCCUUCCUGUCGCUUCUCUCGUCAAUCGAACACGACGCACAGCUCGUACUGAACAAGCUAGUCUCCCGUUCUAUCGCUGUUCUAUGGCCGAUAGCUGUUCCGAAGUUCAGCCCUGAAACACUCUUGGAAUGUCUUGCUGCUGUACUUUCCCACCUCGCGGCCCUUCAGUUUACCAGGUUGAAUGAAACUGUCGAAUCUCUUGGUGCAAUACCUCUGUCUAUUGUCUCGGCCUACAGGACGGCCUUUGCCAAUUCGUCAAACAAAAGAAAGAUAUAUUCGACCUUCUUGCAAAACCAUCUUCUCUAUUGGAUCCACGGUAUGCACCUGAAUACCGGCGACGGCGCACACCUCCAGGAAGCAGUGGCUGGGAUCUACGCAGCUGGCGUGGAGACAAUGUUCGGCGUCGAUGUGCUCCGUUCUCUCGAGGAAGGCAAAUGCGAUCCAGCCCUCAAGAAUGCGCUUGCCGGAACUUUAGCCCCGAAUGCCAGCACGUUAGACGUUUUGCCUCGUUUACUCCGGUCAUUUAUUCAGUCCGUGAGACGGCACAAGACUGCUCUCUUUAGCCAAGGUUCAAAUCGUGCCACGGACAACGUGGUCGCACAGGUACAAGGCGCGGGAACAGCAUUCUAUGCAAUGUGUGACGAGCUUGUGACUCGUGCAGGUAACAUCGAACCCAUGCGCAUUUGGGAAACGCGGAUCAAGUGCCUGGCGAUUGUCGAAGAAGAGAGAUUGCAUAGUGUAGGUAACGAUCCGUUAACUCAAAUACUGAGGGAGAACGGCGAUACAGCACUUGAAGCCCUAAGAGGCAGUUGGGAAGAACAACAUGCACAACGAGUCGAUGCGGCCAUGGAGAUUAUCUCGGUCUUAACGCGUAUCGACUAUGAUAUUGUGUCUCCCACGUUGCCGUCUAUUUGGAAGAGGUUGAUCCUGAAUCUCCAGGCUGGUCCUGACGACGCUCGGAAGGCAUUUGGCCUUGUCAACUCCAGCGCUCUAUUUUCAUUCACGUUCCUUGAUCGGUUGACGAAGGCAAUUCACGGCUUUCUCACCCCUGGUCAGGUCCAGGAUGUGACUAAGCUUGUCCUGCAAUAUCUCCGCGAUACCUUCAAAGAGUUCAAGGAACAAGAUAAGAGAUUCACCGCUGACGAAGGCUCAGGCGCCAGGAAGAAAUCACGGCGGAGUGGUACAACCGUCUCCGUCGAUGGCCAUCCAAAUCCGGAGUUGGCUGCGGUAACAUUCGCCUCCGCAGCGAGGGCAGUUGGACUUGUAGUGGGAUCAUUACCCCUCCACAUAAUCCCAGAGGAAGCCUGCGAGGAAAUACGCUCUUUAGUGGGCGACGUUCACUCACAUGUAAUUCCCCACGCAUUGAAGGGCAGCUACAAGGCUAUGGAGGCAGCGGACCGAAGGGAGACGUGGGCUUGGCAGAUCGUUGCUGCGGCAGCACUUCGUGUUCAUUACGAGCUCUCUACGGCCAGAGUCUUGAAAUUGGAAUUGGGCUCUGACUCCUCAGCCACUUCUCAAUUGCGUAUAUUCCUUCAGCAUGACGGAACUGUGCCUGAGUUCAGUGUGGAAAUUGCCCGAUUCCUGCUCUAUCAAGUGUCCAGCGACCCUGAUCAAGCCUCAUCCGUGUUCGACAAUGUCUUGCAUUAUCUCGAGCGUCAUCUAGACAAUGAAACCAGUUGGUCAGGCAAAACACAUCGUCUGACGCCUGAAGCCGGUCACAAGCAAGACGAAUGUCAGCAAGGUUCGCAAGGAGUGAAUGCAGCAAAUUUUAUGCGGAGGAUGCUGCAUGAUGCCGCGUUCUGGGAGCUUCCCAACGUCAGAGAUGUUUUUAUGACACAGAUUGCCAUCCAGACUGCAUCUGUGGAUCAGGUUGACGUGGAGCAUUUACUGAGCUAUCCAGAAAGAAAGUCCGUUCACGCCGAUAUCGCGACUUCUGUGCCCCUCUAUGCGACGUACAAAACUCUGCUACAUGCUCCUGCGGAAUAUCUGUCACGUAGCGCCCGUGCGGACUUCCUGCAGCGGGCACGGAUAGCGGAUGUGAUCAUGUCUCGUCCGGAACAACAGCAAACGGAACCGCGUCUUCUGCUCGUUGUUCGUGAAUUCAUGCGGCGCACCUUCAUGCACAUGGGUAGCGUGGAACACCAGGGAGCAUUGCUUUUCUUCCAUCAUUUGGUCAAGACUCGUUUGUCUGCGGAAUUUGACGACCCUAGUCUCAACGAGUUCGUGUCGGUCACGUUGGACGUGAUCACAAUGUACAUGAGUGCGUUCUUGAAGGCAGCACAAAGGGGUGAUGAAGACGCCGUGGUGUCAAUUGUCGAGGCCUUCUCACGAUUCCUAGAAAUUCCUCGAGAACAAACGACUGGUGCCUUCCAGGAAUUAUGUCUCCUCCGUUUCAUUGAAACAUUGACUGAGAACUAUGAAGCUAGCCAGUUCAACGAGCGAGUGCUAUCGUUACUCCAGCGGCUAUACGAACGCAUGUCUACGACCUCUUGCUCUCGUAUGCUGGCUGUACUCUCCACCUCUGCUGCGUCCGAUUUGUAUCACCAUAUCGACACCCUCAAGGCAUGGUCUCGUACCCUUGCAGCGGGACGAUGGCUGCAAAAAGAAGUCUUAGACAUUGUACUUGAAGAACUCUAUGCAAGUGGAAAUGGGGAUGGCAAUACAGGCCUAGAGAACGUUGUUGCAACCUAUAUUGCCGCUGCCCAUACGCUCGACCUGGACGGUGAGACAUCAUGA